AUGGUCUCCGGCUUUGCCCAUGCCCCAAUAUCAAAAGGCCUCAUCGUCACGACGGCCAUCUCGACCGUCGUGCUGUCCGUCUUCCGGUUCAAGCCCUAUACGCACCUCCAGGUCGUCCCGCACCUCUCGGUCCACGGCCAGUACUGGCGCCUCGUCGCCCACCACGUCGCCUUUGCCAAUGCCUCGGAGCUCUUCCUGGCCACGCUGUUCUUCUACACCGCUUCGAGGGAGGUCGAGCGCCGCUUUGGUACGCUCAAGUUCGCGUCCUUUCUGGCGAUAACGCUGUGCCUCUACACGGCGCUCGUCUUUGUCCUCCUCGUCCUCUUCACCUCGCUCCCCGACGCCUGGCCGGUCCGCGUCCUUCUGCCCGCGCCGCUCCGUGUGCAAGGCCGCACUCCCUCGGGCCCGUUUGCGCCCCUCUUCGUCAUCCUCUACCAGCACGCGCGCAUCGUGCCGGACCGCUGGGUGAUCCGCAUCGGCUCCGUCUACGUCGGCGACCGCGCCAUCCAGAUCUGGAGCCUGGCGCUCCUCCUCAUCCUCUCGCAGCCGUCGAUGACGCCGUUUGUCGGCCUGCUGGCGAUGGCCACGUCGGCCCUCUACCGGUCCGACCUGCUCCUCUCGUCGAGCCUCAAGUCCUACCGCAUCCCCAAGCGCCUCUACCGCGUCCUUGCCUACCUUCUCUCCGGCCUGGUCGGAUCCACGAGGACGCCCACGAGGAGCUGGCGCGCCGAGCCGCCGCCGCCGCCAAGCUUCCGGGCGAGGCAGGCGAGGAGAGAGCAGAUGCAGAGCGCCAUCGACGGUGCCAGGGACGAGCGGGCCAGGCGGACGAGCGCCGUGCUGCAGAGCGUCGGCGGGCUGCGGAUGCGCUUUGGCGCCGCUGCUCCUCCAUCGCCGGGCGAGAGGAGAUCGACGGGCAUCCUCCCCACCACGCGCGGCGGCGACGAGGCAGGGACCGCCUCGACAAGGGCCGAGAGGGUGCGGACCGACGAAAUGAUUGGCGAGCUCCUCCAGUCGAUGCUGCAGCGGACCAGGAGCGAGUUCUCGGACGGGCGCGAUGCGAAUGCAGCUGGCGCACCCCGCACCGGCUCGUCAGCUGCGGGAGCUGAUCCGGGCGAUGCGCAGCCGGGCAGCCACGGCGCGCUGAGGGAUCUGCUGGCCCAGCUCACGCAGCCGCACCCGGACACGGCCAUCACCGAGCCGUCGAUCCGCGCGCUGCAGGCCAUGUUUCCGCACCUGCCGCGGUCGACGCUGGUCGAGGCGCUGCAGCAGAGCAACGGCUCGCAGCCCGACGCCGUCGAGCGGCUCCUGAUCGACUCGGCAGCCUCUCCGACCGCGCCAGGCUGA